AUUCAUUCUCAAAGCUCGGACAAAAACAACCAGCUCAGAAAGAAAAAACAAAAUUUAGUUAAUGGCAGCAAGACAGCAGCCGAGAGGAACAGGCUUAGGUGUUCAGCAUGAGGAUUUUGUCCCCAAAUCUGAAUGGAAAAAUCAACCUAAAGCCAUUCUUCUCACCAUUGAUCUUCCAGGUUUUACAAAGGAGCAAAUAAAGGUAACGUAUGUGCACACCUCGAAGAUGUUAAAAGUCACAGGAGAACGUCCCCUGGCUGGUCCACGAAGAUGGAGCCGUUUCAACGAAGUUUUUUCUGUUCCACCUAACUGUCUUGUAGAUAAGAUCUAUGGAACUUUCAAUAACAACUCCCUCACCAUCACCAUGCCUAAGAAGACGAUUAGGAAGAUGCCUGAUCUUCCAGAAGCUCCUAAAACUGGGGAUGAGAAAGUGGAGAAGCUAGAGGAGAAAAGGUUCUUGGAAGAAUCUAUAAGGAAAGCAAAGGAAGAAGAGGCUGAGAAGAAAAAGAAGCUUCAUGAAGAGAGAGAGGCAAUACUUAGGAAGCUGCAAGAAGAAGCUAAAACAAAAGAGAUGGCUGAGAGAAGGAAGUUUCAAGAAGAAGCAAAAGCAAAAGAGAAAUUUCCAUUAACGGCAGCAAGACAGGAACCGAGAGGAACAGGCUUGGAGGUUCAGUAUCUGGAUUUUGUCCCCAAAUAUGGUUGGAAAGAUGAACGUGAAGCCACUCUUCUCAUCAUUGAUCUUCCAGGUUUUACAAAGGAGCAAAUAAAGAGCACAUAUGUGCACACCUCGAAUACGUUAAGAGUCACAGGAGAACGUCCCCUGGCUGGUCCACGAAGAUGGAGCCGUUUCAACGAAGUUUUCACUGUUCCACAUAACUGUCUUGUAAAUAAGAUCCAUGGGAACUUCAAUAACAACUCCCUCACCAUCACCAUGCCUAAGGAGACGGUUACGAAGAUGCCUGAUCUUCCAGAAGCUUCUAAAACUAUGGUUCAGAAGGUUGAGAAGCUAGACGAGAAGAGGUUGUUGGAAGAAUCUAGAAGGAAAGAAAAGGAAGAAGAGGCUGAGAAGAAAAAGAAGCUUCAUGAAGAGAGAGAGGCAAUACUUAGGAAGCUGCAAGAAGAAGCUAAAACAAAAGAGAUGGCUGAGAGAAGGAAGUUUCAAGAAGAAGCAAAAGCAAAAGAGAAAUUUCCAUUAACGGCAGCAAGACAGCAACCGAGAGGAACAGGCUUGGAGGUUCAGUAUCUGGAUUUUGUCCCCAAAUAUGGUUGGAAAGAUGAACGUGAAGCCACUCUUCUCAUCAUUGAUCUUCCAGGUUUUACAAAGGAGCAAAUAAAGAGCACAUAUGUGCACACCUCGAAUACGUUAAGAGUCACAGGAGAACGUCCCCUGGCUGGUCCACGAAGAUGGAGCCGUUUCAACGAAGUUUUCACUGUUCCACAUAACUGUCUUGUAAAUAAGAUCCAUGGGAACUUCAAUAACAACUCCCUCACCAUCACCAUGCCUAAGAAAACGAUUAUAGAGAUGCCUAAUCUUUGGGAAACUUAUAAGACUGUGGCUGAGAAGGUUGAGAAGGUCGAGAAGCUAGAGGAGAAGAGGUUGUUGGAAGAAUCUAAAAGGAAAAAAGAGGAAGAAGAAGCUGAGAAGAAGAAGAAGCUUCUGGAAGAGAAAGAGAGCAUACUUAAGAAGCUGCAAGAAGAAGCUAAAGCAAAAGAGGUUGAGGCAAGGAAGCUUCAAGAAGAAGCAAAAGAGAUGGUUGAAUCAAUGAGGCUUCAAGAAGCAGCUAUAGCAAAAGAGAGGGCCGAGGCAAAGAAGCUUCAAGAAGAAGCAAAUAUAAAAGAGAUGGCUGAGGCGAGGAAGCUUCAAGAAGCAGCUAUCGCAAAAGAGUUGGCUGAGGCAAGGAAACUUCUAGAAGAAGCUAUAGCAGAAGAGAAAGCUGAGGUAAGGAAGCUUCAAGAAGCAGCUAUAGCAAAAGAGAUGGCUGAGGCAAGGAGGCUUCUAGAAAAAGCUAUAGAAGAAGAGAAAGCUGAGGCAAGGAGGCUGCAAGAAAUAGCUAAAGAAAAUGAGAUUGCUGAGGCAAAGAAACUUCAAGAGGCAAAAGCAAAAGAAAUGGCUGAAGAAAGAAAGCUCCAAGAAGAAACUAUAGCAAAAGAGAGGGCCGAUGCAAGGAAGCUUCAAGAAGCAGCUAAAGCAAAAGAGAUGGCUGAGGCGAGGAAGCUUCAAGGAGCAAUUAUAGCAAAACAGAGAGCUGAAGCAAGAAGGCUUCAAGAAGAAGCUAACGCAAAAGAGAUGGCCGAGGCAAAAAGGCUUCAAGAAGAAGCAAAAGCAAAAGAAAUGGCUACGGCGAAGAAGCUUCAAGAGAGAGCUGAGGCAAAGAGGCUUCAAGAAGAAACUAGAGCAAAAGAGAUGGUCGAGGCAAGAAAACUUGAACAAGCAACUAAAACAAAAGAGAUGGCUGAGGCGAGGAGACUUCAAGAAGAAGCUAUUGAAAAAGAGAAAGCUGAGGCGAGGAAGGUCCAAGAAGAAGCUACAACAAAAGAGAAGCUUGUAGAAGAAGCUGCACUAGAGAAUAAGAUCCAGAAGAACAAGUCUGUGGUUGAAUCUGUAAGAAAAGAGAAGAUACUAAUGCCGGCAAAAGACAGGAAGCCUUCAGAACUGGAGAAAGCCUCGAAAACUGGACUAUACAAAAUGCGAUCAUGGUGCUGGGACCAAACAUGUAUCUGGGGGAGCAAGCGAGAACGUGAAAAUCAGCAGAAGAAAAACUAGGUUACUUGGGGAAGAAGAAAAGAGAAGACAUGAAAAGAGAUAAUGGAAAAGAAGUUGAUGGUUAAUAUAGGAGUGGUUGUUCUUGGAGCUUACGUUUCUUAUUUUUUUAUGUUUAUCUUCGGGUUGUUCUUAUAAUUUAGAACUGUGAUAUACAUUCUGAAUUUUAAUAAAGUUUGGUGAUGUCAUAUUUACAUUGGCACAAAAAGAUGCUAUUAACAUAUACAUUAGGAGAAUCAUUCUGUACAAAACUUCUUUUAAAUAUGGUGGGAAUCUGUACUUGGUGGUAAUGAAGUUUGGUGUUUUGUUCUU